AGGAUAGAGCGACAUUAUCACGAGCACCGAUUGAGUUGGUUAUCCGCGGAGGUUCCGUGUCUCGUGCACUUUAUUCGCAGUCAUACUAGCUCGUCGCAUAUUAUAUUCCCAACACCGCAGCCCUGCGACUAUAAAACAGUCCGUAUAACAAUAAUUCCUUAGUGAUUCGUGUCGUGCGCCGUCGAAACCGCAAUAAAGUGCAAUGGAAACAGCCGGUGGUAUAGCCGAAACAUUUAGAAACGGGACGUUUUUGGUCACCGGGAGUACGGGAUUUUUGGGGAAAAUACUCACGGAAAAAUUACUCAGGUCUUGUCCGGUGAAAAACAUCGCGAUUCUCGUGAGGAGCAAAAAAGGAUUCGACGCCGGCCAGAGGGUUGCAGAUAUCUAUAAACAAUCGCUUUUCGACCGACUUCGUAAUGAAAAACCCGAUUUCAUGGACCAUAUUAAAGUCAUUGAUGGAAAUAUCGAAGAAGAAUCGUUGGGUUUAUCAACAGCGGAUCGUAACUGGAUUAUGGAAAAUGUGAAUUUUGUUUUUCAUUGCGCAGCCACGAUCAAAUUCAACGAAGCUCUGGAGUUGGCGACCAAAAUAAACAUUCAAGGAACCUACAACCUUUUGACAUUAGCUGCGCAGAUGAAAAAUCUUAAGGGUUUUGUGCACGUGUCGACCGCAUAUUCGCACUGUCCCAGGGAUGAGAUCAGAGAACAAUACUAUCCGACUCCGGUUACGGCCAAGGAGCUAAAAAACAUGCUGGGGACAGACGAUCUGUCUGAACCUAAAAUUCUGGAAAAUUGGCCAAACACGUACACUUUUACAAAAGCAAUCACUGAAGAUUUGAUAUCAACCAACGAAAACCGCUUGCCUAUUUCCAUUUUUCGUCCAUCGAUUAUCGGGUGCACGAAAUCCGAACCGGAACCAGGAUGGUUGGAGAACAUGAACGGGCCUACAGGAAUAUUAACCGGUGUCAUAGUCGGAUUCUUAAGAACACUUCAAAUUUCCACGGACAAAGUAACUGAUAUAAUCCCAGCGGAUUAUACUGCCAACGCACUCAUCAGUGUUAUGUGGGAUACCGUUAAAAGACAUCAAGACAAUGAUAAUACAAACGAACAACCAAAAAUCUAUAAUUUUGUUUCGAGCACUGAUAGCCCGUUGACAUGGAAUGAAUACAUCGGAGGAAUGACUGAGCAUUACUAUGUGUCACCUCCUUUGCGGUCAAUGUGGUACGCGACUUAUAUUAUGUACACAAACUUAUGGAUCGGCAUGAUUUUGAAAUUUCUCCUGCACCGGAUACCGGCAGCAUUUGUGGACUUUCUUUUAAUCAUAAGCGGAAAAAGUCCCAAAAUGUUGAAAAUGUAUUCGAAAACAGAAUUUAUGACUGGCUUACUUCGUGUGUUUACUACGAACCAAUGGAAAUUUGACAACAGCAAUAGCGUCAAAUUGUUAUCGUCACUGAGCAUCGAAGACCGUGACCAAUUUGAAUUCGGCAUGGAAAAUUUCGACUGGAAAUCAUAUAUCAAAAGUUAUUACUACGGAAUUAGAAAACAUGUACUACACGAAGAAUUGAGUAACCUGGACAAAGCAAUAUCUAAAAACUGGAAGUUGUUCUGUCUGCAUAAGGUGUGCGUCGUCCUUUUUUUCUAUUUCAUAUUUCAACUGUGUUGGACGUGUAUAAAAUAUGCAUUUACAUUUUAAAUUUAAUAUAAUAUUAUUGGUGUAUUUAAUAUGAUACA